AUGAAACAAGUACGGAAAGUGUCAGAGGUUGUUUUCAAGGGAACAGAAGCACUGGUGAAAUUUGGAAAAUUCCCAGAGACAAAAGGUGUUCAAACUGCUGGUACUCCAAUUGCUAUGGUGGUCGAGGAACAUGUGGGGCCAUCAAAAUCAAAUCUCAGUUUUUCAUUUGAGGAGCCAGUCAAUGAGGCUGUAAUUUCUCCAGCUGACAUAGAGAAAGAAAUCAACAUUUUCAAGCAAUCAAACGAUCCAUCGCUCGAACAGAUGGAAGCCCUUAUCGAACAAUUACAGUCAACUACGAGGAAGCCUCCCCAAGAAGUUCCUGUUACUGAUGAGUCUCCAUCUGGGAGUGAUAAAGACGAUUCAAAUGCCUCUCUGAUGCCAAGAAAACGAAGACCCCAGGUUAAUCAAGUUGAUCAAAGCCAAAUUGUUGAACCAGCCCAGCCAGCCCAAGUUAAUCAAGAUGCUCAAAGCCGAAUUUUUAAUGAAGACUUCUUAGCAAAUGAGGAAACUUUUGCCUCGGGAAGCUCUUCUGCCCCACCACCUCCAGAGCACGAUUCCGCAUCUGUCAUGUUAGUCAAGCUACUUGCCUUUCAAGACUCUAUUCCUCAGUCAAGAGGAAAGGGAAUAUAUGUUGGCUCAAGGCACGGAGGUGAUGAAGACUCUCAACAAACCAUUUCUUAG